UCAUGCUGUUUCUGGUCCUUUACGUGCUCUGCUCCGUGCCGCGGCCGAGCUCCCAGCAGUUCCCCAGGGCGUGCGCGACCGCGGCGGUCCUGAGGACCAAGGAGUGCUGCCCGGUGUGGGAAGGGGACGGCUCUGUCUGCGGAGCCCUGUCGGGUCGGGGCUUCUGCCGGGACGUCGCGGCGUCCGAGCUCCCCCACGGGCCGCAGUACCCCCACUCGGGGAUAGACGACCGCGAGAGGUGGCCUCUGGUCUUCUACAACCGCACGUGCCAGUGCGCCGGCAACUACAUGGGCUACAACUGCGGCGAGUGCAAGUUCGGCUACUUUGGCGCCAACUGCGGCGAGAGGCGCGAGUCCAUCAGGAGGAACAUCUUCCAUCUGUCGGGGGCCGAGAGGCGCAAGUUCAUCUCCUACAUCAACCUGGCGAAGAACACGGUCAGUCCCGAGUACGUCAUCGCGACGGGCACCUACCGGGAGAUGGGCAACGGGUCGAACCCCAUGUUCGCCAACGUCAGCUUGUACGACCUGUUUGUGUGGAUGCACUACUACGUGUCCCGGGACGCGCUGCUCGGGGGGCCCGGCAACGUGUGGCAGGACAUCGACUUCGCCCACGAGUCGGCCGCCUUCCUGCCCUGGCACCGCGUCUACCUCUUGUACUGGGAGCACGAGAUCCGCAAGCUCACGGGCGACUUUAGCUUCACCAUCCCCUACUGGGACUGGAGAGACGCGCAGGAGUGCGACGUGUGCACCGACGACCUCUUGGGGGGCCGCCACCCCCUGAACCCCAACCUGAUCAGCCCUGGGUCCGUGUUCUCCGCCUGGAAGGUCAUCUGCUCCCAGUCUGAGGAGUACAACCGCAGGGAGGUGCUGUGUGACGGAACGGCGGAAGGUCCGCUGCUGCGUAACCCCGGCAACCACGACCGGAACCGCGUGAGCCGGAUUCCCACGUCGGCCGACGUCGAGUUCGUGCUCAGCCUCACCGACUACGAGACGGGCCCCAUGGACAGGGGGGCCAACAUGAGCUUCAGGAACGUUCUGGAGGGGUUCGCAAGCCCCGAGACGGGUUUGGCGGUCAGGGGCCAGAGCACCAUGCAUAACUCGCUCCACAUCUUCAUGAACGGCUCCAUGUCCUCCGUUCAGGGAUCGGCCAACGACCCCGUGUUCCUGCUCCAUCACGUGUUCAUCGACAGCAUCUUCGAGCAGUGGCUGCGCCGGCACCAGCCCCCCCGCAGCCGCUACCCCACGGAAAACGCCCCCAUCGGCCACAACGACGACUACUACAUGGUGCCGUUCAUCCCGCUGUUCCGGAACGGGGACUACUUCCUGUCCACCAAGGCGCUGGGUUACGACUACGCCUACAUGAUGGACCCCGGCCUGCAGUACAUAGAGGAGAUGCUCAACCCCUACCUGGACCAGGCCCGGCAGAUCUGGCAGUGGCUCCUGGGGGCCGGGAUCACGGGGAUGCUCUUGGCCGGCAUCGUCGCGGCGACCGUGACCCUGGCCUAUCGGAGACGGCGGGACAGACGUGGGACGAAGAGGUUGUCCUCCUUUGGGGAGAGACAGCCCUUAUUGAACAGCAGCGAAGAGGAGGCCAGCACCUCGUACCAGACCACGCUAUAAGCGCAGGGCACCAGCAGGGGGCGCAAGCGUCAGCUAAGUGUGUGUAAGCGUGUGUGAGUGUGUGUUCAGCGUAGCACAAUGAGUCGAUCCAAAACUAUUCCCAAGCCACAUUUUAAAAUGAGAAACACACCGGGGGGCCAACAAAGGGUUCGAAAUGGAAAGAAUAUUAAAAGCAACUCUUGUCGCGUUGAGAUGUGCAAAGCAGGAGAAGAAUAAGUAAAGAAAAUUAAUUAAACUAAUACUUGGAUGCCGUGAAAGCAUUAAAAUGACAAACUUUCUGUCCAUUGCAAUGCAGACUUUUAGUGAAGCAGCCCGAGUUUGGGUCCAAGCCCAAAAUGUGAACGGUUCCUGUAGGUGCGAAAAAUCCAA